GUAUAUCCUCAAAUAUUUUCAUGGAAUUUGUGGAGUUUAAAUCCAACACAAAGAAUGAUAAAGCUUGGUGAGAAAUAUGAGAAUGCAAAAUGUAAUUGUUUUCCUUGGUCUAUAUAAUAAAAAAAAAUUCUUUGAUUAAAACUCUUAACACAAGUGGUUCAAUGAAGAUACCUGAACUGUUGAUUUAUGGGAUUUAUGGUAGUCAUCAAAAUGCCCUAGAGGGCUUAUGCACAAUGGUGAAAUCAGUAACUCAUUGAAUGUGUCCUUCCAAAUGGGCAAGACCAAGGUUCUAAAGAAUUCUUGAAAGUUUAAAUUCCUUUUAAAAUGAUUGUAAAAUGAAUUUUUGUGGUCUGAUGAAAUAUAUAAUGAAUUAUUUUGAGAAUUAUUUGUUUCCAUGAUAGAAGUGUUUGUAUGCUAUUUGGUUUCCUAUAAUAUUGAAGAUGCCUUGAGCAUUUGCUGCAUGAAAAUCAUUGUGAUAUUUGCACCAACAAACUGGUUUUUCACUUUUCAGAGGAUGGGGGAACUCGACACGGCUGACUUACAAUUACCAUCUUUGCAGCAACUACUUUCUCGUCUUCUUGCUUGCCAGCCACAACGAGCAGCUGGAACUAAUUGUAUUAUCCAAUUGGCUCUUUCAUUGGUUGCAGGGGAAAGUACUAGGAUUUUCAAUGCAAUUAAUGAUGCCACUUUCAAUUUAGUCGACAAGUUAUCAUAUCAGUUCUUUGGAAUGAAACAACAUCAUACUUUGAGGGCUCUUGACAUAUACUGGAAGGCCAGACAGCAGGGGCUUGAUCCUCGGGGUGCUGAAAGCUUUGUCAAAAUUGAACAGUCGCCUUCAUUUUUUCUCACAGCCAUGGAAGAGUUUGUGAAGGGUGCUCCACGAGUUUCAACUGAUCGUCGAGAGAUGGUUCUUUAUAGUAAUCCUGCUCCCAAGGCAUUGUUAGCAUUGGAGUAUAAGAAAACACCCGAAGUGCAACCACCUCCUCCACUUUAUUCAUCGCUCUCUAAACCUGUUAAAUUAGAGAUGCCUACAUAUGCACCAACUGUUGAUUUAUUGGGACCAAAGAAUACAACACCAAUAGCUUAUACAGCUCAUGUGGAAAAUCCCCUUGCACUUGCCUUUAUUCCAUCAGGUACUCAAAAUGUUACUGCUUCUUGUGUACAUGACAAACGGUAUCACAGGAUAGGGGUCAGACCAAGUUUGAAUGGGACGGCUCUUAUGAGAAUGUUUUGGAAACAUGGGGAAUGCAAAAUAUGAAUGUUUAAGAAAGACAAGGAACACAAAAAGGGAGCUAGAAUAGUAGAAAAGUGGUCCCUAAUCCCUUCAAUGCGCUUCAAGAUAUAUAUGAUGCUCCAAACAUGAUUUCCAUGGCCCCUUUUAAGAUGGAAUUUAAAGCUCAUCAACAGCAUGAUUUCAUAAUCCAGCAUUAGAUGAUGGCUAAUCAACAACACCAACCUUUAAAUCCAUUUAGUUAUCCCUCUGAAGAUAUGCAGAUUCAACCUUACGACUGUGCUUGCCAUUUCAAAGUCCCCCCCUCCCUUAUACAGUACGUAUCUAGAUGAAAGCAGCUACCUUCUCAACAUUGAAAGAAGGCUAGACAGACUGAAUCAUAUUGCGUUUCAUGGGAAUUAUGUAUAAAGGAAAUUGCAUCAAAAAGUGAUCUAACAAAGACUUAUUGAUAUGUAUGGGAUUGUAUAUUACAAGACCGUUCACUUUUAGUACAAGGAGGUCACAAUUAUCUUUAGGCAUCGGAUGUGAAAUUCAAUGACUUGGGUGUGUUACAUGGUUUGAGAAAUUUUCUUGUAUUUGUACCCAAUCAAUCACACACCUCUUACUGUCCGAUGAUUAAUGAUGAUUGUGACAUUUUUAUG